AUGGAACCCACGCCCCAGCGUCCGAAACAGCGUCUUGAAGAUGGCGAUAUUCGCAUUGAAAUAUGCACAGUAAAUGAUGCAGACACCAUCGCCCAAGGGCUGCAUGCAUGCUACGGUGAAGAAAGUUGGGCGAGAAAAGAACCGCAGGAGCUGCGUCCUGCCGAACCCAUACGCCGGCAGCGCUUGGUCCAGCGCCUCAUGCCCGUCCUCGCUCACGGGCAAUUCACCUUUCUCAAGGCCGUCCUGGCCUCGACGGGCGAAACGGUCGGCGCAGCAUGCUGGGGCCACCCAGAUACGAAGACAACUCACGAUGCCUUCCGCCGCAGCGCCCUCGCACACUACGGAUGGCAGUCUUCUCUCGGCCUAAGCGACACGGUUGUUGACCAAAUGUGGAGCGGUGUUUCAUCAGACUGGGAGUCGGGGCUCGAGCAAGACGACGAAGAGAGAGCGAGGGUCAUGCAGGGAGAGGCGCAUUGGUAUCUUGCGCUGUUGAUCACAUGGCCAGCCUUUCAGGGUCGGGGGGUGGCCAGCCGGCUGAUCCGGUGGGGCCUGCAGAGGGCGGAUCGAGGAGACAAGGCUACGCCCGUGUACCUGAAGACGAGCAUGAAGGGGAGGGAGGUGUAUAGGCAUUAUGGGUUUGCGGGCGUGGGCGAGUCGAGCAUGGUGAGGCGGCCUCAAGGGGGUGCCUUGAUGGGUUAG